CACGGAGCUGGAUCUCAUUGUUUUGAACACUAAAGUUCCGAAGCCGAAUGCAGCUGCUGUUCGAUUCUCCAUGUGUGAAAAUCUGUGUUUAUUACUUCUGGACAUGUUGCGUGUUAGUAGGGAUGACUCUGUGAUAGGAGUUUUUGUUCAUGAAACUUGUGCUUAGCUCGUAUUAUAGCUAUGACAUGUUGGUUAUAUAGGUCAAUGAUGGAUAGACAUACUACAGAACGGCUUGUAGUGGGCAUUAGUCCUCCCACAUUUGAAGUUCUUUCUCUGUGAAUAACAAAUGAAUUUUACUCAUCAAAAGUUGCGUCUCAAUUCACUCAUCGAGCCUAAAUUGUAGAGAGAAGAGCAGUUAUUAAUGGGAAGAAAGAUGUGCAGUUGGAUGCAGGGGAACUGCUGCUUUUGCUCUGUUUUAGGCCAUGCUCAAGAGCAGUGUCCGACAUACCUCGCAUUCGUUUUGCCUGUCUUAUAGCUCCUGGAACGGAAAUUUCCACAUCUCUGCAACCCAUCAAACGCAAAGAGGAUUUGGAUGAAGCAAAGCAUGAAUUUUUGUAGUCAUGACUGAACGAAAGAGAUUCAUCCAAUCUAGUUGCCACGCUCGCGUGUCGUAGAUUGCUCUAUUCGUCAGUGAAGUUGUCGCAAUGGUUGGCUUCUCGGGGAGACCACGUUCGUAGCAGAUGGAGAUUGCUCCAUUUGAGCUUUCGCGAGUUAAUUUGAUCCCCUUGGUGUCGGCCGAGUUGGUGCCGUGACUUUGGAAGGACUUGGAUAUGUUGGGGUUGUGGAGAUCGUCGCUCAGCUCGGCCAAGGCCGCCAGGAGAAUCGCAUCUGCUCUGGGCGUUUCGAGGGUUUGUCACUCCACAAGCGAUUCCGUGGGUUUCAGAGUUCGCUUGCCGAGCAGUGGUGCGAAAUCGGACAUUGCUCGGUCUACUUGGCUGAUGACGAAGCUCGGUAAGGAAGGGAGGAUAGCGGAAGCGCGCAAGGUGUUCGAUGAAAUGGAUGGGAGAGAUGAGAUAGCGUGGACCACUCUGAUAUCCGCUUAUAUCAAGUGUGGGUUGAUCGAAGAGGCGCGCAAGCUGUUUGAUAGGGUAGAUGCCAAGAAAAAUGUGGUGACUUGGACUGCCAUGCUCGGGGGAUAUGUGAAGUUGGGUAGAAUACGUGAAGCGGAGACUUUGUUUGACGAAAUGCCCCAUAGAAAUGCUGUCUCGUGGAACACCAUGAUUGACGGGUAUGCACAAAAUGAUCGAGUUGACGCAGCGUUGAAGUUGUUUGAGAGCAUGCCGGGGAGGAAUGUGGUUUCAUGGAAUACAAUUAUCACUGCUUUGGCACAGCGUGGGAGAAUUGAGGAAGCAAGGGCGCUUUUUUAUCAGAUGCCGAGAAGGGAUGUAAUUUCCUGGACGGCGAUGGUGGCAGGUUUGUCUAAACAUGGGAUGAUUGAUGAGGCAAGGGAGUUGUUUGAUAAAAUGCCGGAACGCAAUGUUGUCUCAUGGAACGCGAUGAUCACUGGUUAUGCACAGAAUAAAAGGUCAAGGGAGGCUCUUAAUUUAUUUGAGAGAAUGCCAGAGAGGGAUGUGCCGUCAUGGAAUACGAUGAUCACAGGGCUUAUUCACAAUGGAGACAUACAGAGGGCCAGGGAUUUGUUCAAUGAGAUGCCCCAGAGGAAUGUUGUCUCUUGGACUACCAUGAUCACUGGGUAUGUUCAGGAUGGGCAAAAUGAAGAAGCACUAAAAAUCUUUUUGAAAAUGAUGGGUGAUGAUGAGAAAAGGCCUAAUCAAGCAACCUUCGUGAGCGUUUUGGGCGCUUGCAGUGAUUCGGCAGGUCUUGGGGAAGGAAAGCAAGUUCACCAGGUAAUUUGCAAAACACCAUACCAUGAUGAUACAUUUGUGGCGUCAGCUCUCAUAAACAUGUACUCAAAAUGUGGGGAGUUAGUCACUGCAAGGAAGAUGUUUAAUGAUGGCUUGUGGAGCCAAAGAGAUUUGAUAUCAUGGAAUUGUAUGAUCGCAGCUUACGCUCAUCAUGGAUGUGGAAGAGAGGCGAUCACUUUGUUCAACCAAAUGAUAGAAUUAGGUUUUAAACCCGAUGACUCCACUUAUGUGGGGUUACUCUCCGCAUGUAGCCAUGCUGGUUUAGUGGAGGAGGGCCUAGAGUGCUUCAGCAGACUUGUGCAGGACAAAUCCGUGCAGCUGAAAGAUGAUCACUUUGCAUGUUUGAUUGAUCUGUGUGGUAGAGCUGGUAGGCUGGAGGAAGCUUUUAAUUGGAUCGAGCAGGUUGUGGACAAGCCAUCUGCAUGUCUUUGGGGAGCCCUUCUAGCAGGAUGCAACUAUCAUGGGAACACAGAAAUUGGCAAGGUGGCUGCGGAGAAGCUUUUCGAGUUGGAACCAGAAAAUGCCGGCACAUAUUUGUUAUUGUCUAACAUAUAUGCAUCAACAGGGAAAUGGAGAGACGCUGCAAGAGUGAGGUCGGAAAUGAGGGAGGAAGGUUUAAAGAAGCAGCCAGGUUGUAGCUGGAUUGAGGUGGGAAAUACGUUUCAUGUGUUUGUCGUUGCCGACAAGUCUCAUGGUCAAAAGGAGCUUAUCUAUUCUCUGCUCCGCGAUCUUCACUUGAAAAUGAGAAUGAAGAGGGCUAGUUCUGUACAAAACGAUAUUGAUGUAGCAGACGAGGACUUUUUGGAAGCAUGAAAGUCUAGAUAUUUGCCCUCUCUGUCCAAUUGCAACUCUUACUUUGUUUGCUCAGGUUUGAAAAAUGGAUGACAUUCCUGUGGU